GGUUUGGAUUGAAAGCUCCACGUUUUAUCAUCCCCACUGCGGCCUCGUCACGUGACGUCACACGACUUCCUCACUACUCCACCCGCAGCAGCCAUGAUGCAAGAAGGGCUGGACGAUGGUCCCGAUUUCCUCUCGGAGGAGGACAGAGGACCUAGGGCAGUCAAUGUUGACCUCCAAACUGAUGCAACACUCCAAGUGGACAUUUCUGAUGCAUUAAGUGAGCGGGACAAGGUUAAGUUUACUGUCCAUACUAAGAGCACUCUUCCUAACUUCAAGCAGAAUGAGUUUUCAGUGGUGCGGCAGCAUGAGGAGUUCAUCUGGCUUCAUGACUCCUUUGUGGAAAAUGAGGAGUAUGCUGGCUACAUUAUUCCCCCAGCCCCUCCAAGACCUGACUUUGAUGCCUCCAGAGAGAAGUUACAGAAACUAGGGGAAGGUGAAGGUUCCAUGACCAAGGAAGAGUUCACCAAAAUGAAACAGGAACUUGAAGCCGAAUACUUGGCUAUCUUCAAGAAGACAGUGGCGAUGCAUGAAGUGUUUCUUUGCCGUGUGGCUGCGCAUCCUGUUUUGAGGAAAGACUUGAACUUCCAUGUGUUUUUAGAGUACAACCAAGAUCUAAGUGUACGAGGCAAAAACAAGAGGGAGAAGAUGGAAGAUUUCUUCAAGAAUGUGGUGAAGUCUGCAGACGGUGUGUUAGUGGCAGGGGUGAAGGAUGUAGAUGAUUUCUUUGAGCAUGAGAAGACAUUCCUUUUAGAGUACCAUAAUCGUGUCAAAGAUGCCUCCGCCAAAUCUGAUAGAAUGAUCAGGUCUCACAAAAGUGCUGCAGAUGAUAUCAAUAGAAUUGCCUCCACACUGUACACUUUAGGAACCCAGGACUCCACAGAUGUGUGCAAAUUUUUCUUGAAAGUCUCUGAACUGUUUGAGAAAACACGGAAAAUAGAGGCUCGAGUGGCUGCGGAUGAGGACCUGAAACUUGCAGACUUACUGAAGUAUUACCUCAGGGAGUCGCAAGCUGCUAAGGAUCUGUUGUACAGACGAGGGAGGGCCCUGGUUGAUUACGAGAACGCAAACAAAGCUCUGGACAGAGCCAGGGCAAAGAACAAAGAUGUGCUUCAGGCAGAGACCAGCCAGCAAGUGUGCUGUCAGAAGUUUGAGAAAAUCUCAGAGUCUGCAAAGCAAGAGCUCAUAGACUUCAAGACAAGACGAGUAGCAGCCUUCAGAAAGAACUUGGUGGAACUUGCUGAACUGGAACUCAAACAUGCUAAGGGUAAUUUACAAUUAUUGCAAAGCUGUCUCGGAGUCCUCAAAGGAGACACUUAGGUCUUUGCUGAAGGUUCACUGUACAGGGCUUUCCCCGCUUUGGCCUGAUCUUCACUGUGAAGAUGGAAGAAAGAGUAUAUCUGGGGUCAGUUUGUUUUCAGGAUGCCUGUUCGUAGUCAUCACUACUACCAGAGACACCAAACUCCCUCCACAACCCACACUAAAAGCGUGAGGAAGCCAGUGUGGAAUACCUGCAAAAUCCACACAGCACAUGAAUCUAUAACUUUGUUUAAUCACGUAAACUUUUUAAUUGUUAACAAUCAUCGUUCUCGAUGGGAAUCUUCUCCCAAUCUAUAUCAUGUCUGUCCAGAUUUAUUAUUUGUUAUUAUUUUACUUAGAGUAAUCGUUGAGGGCAAUAGUUUCAGUAAAACUUUUCUGUGAUGCUGCUCAGUUACUUUGUUCAAGAUGAGCUGAUUGUUACUAUUAUUAAAAUGUAUUGUCACUAAAAGCCUUGUAAAUGUUGUAUUAGUUCUUACUGUACUGCUAAUGAUCAAAACGAUCUUUACUAAUACUUUUGUUUUGUUAUUUUAUACAAAUCCUGUUAUUUUUCAUUCCAGACAAGUAAUGCUUCAAUAUGUUUGCCUUAAUGUAGAUUAAUCCUAUCAAGUAUUGUAAAAAAGAAAGAAAAAAAAAGAAAGAAAAAAAGACCAUUAAUGGAUAAGGUUGUUUUUGUUUUUCCCCAGAUUUCUUUAAAGUGCUCUGUAUAUGAAUGUUUUUUUCACUCUGUGACCAAAGCUUCCAUUUAUGUAGAUGGAGAAAUGCUGAAACAAACAGUAAUACUGAUAAUUAUGAUUAAAAAAAAUGAAAAUAGUAAUAAAUGAUACUAUUUACCUUAGAACCCUUGUGAACAUAAUUCCAUCCAAUGUUUUGAGUAGACUCUGUUUAUCUGUCUAGUUGUAAUCCUUUCAGUUCUGUAGCGUUUAUGACCCUGAGAAACAUGGAAGAAAAGCCAGGGGAAGCCAAUGGAAAAUGUCCUUCAAUAUCAUAUUAAACUCGGUAUCAACUGUUCAUAUUAAGGUUGAAUAAAAAAAAGAUGGCCACUUUUCAAA